AUGGCUUUUUGGUGGGCAAAAGUCCUUCAGAGAGACAUCGAUUCAAGCGCCCAUCCGGGCCUCACAACCGGCGCGAUUGCCGGCAUCUCGUGCGGCGCCGGAGCCCUGUUUCUCUGCGCGGCGGCACUCUUCAUCGUCUAUUGGCGCCGGCAGCGGCGGUACAAUCGAGCAGACAACUUCUAUCAGAGCCGUUUUGACGACUUUGGGCCGUCCGGUAGCAUGGGCCCUUCCGUCACCUACACUACGGACUACAAGCUGGAUCAGCAGCAGAACGAGGGUGAAGCACGACAUUACACCUACUCGCCCGAGAAGCAAGCGCACCCGUUCUGUCUGCCCAGCGCCCACGGAUCAAGCAGCGCGAUGCCCACUCACCCGGCAUAUAUCCCACGGGCCCUGAUCCGCGGUGCUCCGCCCCUUCAAAGCAGCCGCUCAGGGCUCUCACAUACACCGUCGCCGCCGCAGUAUCCCAGCCCAGGCAUGGCCUCCUCAAAGUCACAGCCCGACGACGCCGUCAUCCAGGCCUACCUGAACGCAACAGUCACCAAGCCGCCCGCUGCAUCCCCAGCGCAGGGCAAAGCUGACGUAGGCCGGGGAGACGACAAAGACGCCAUACUACCGGCCGAGGCACACGAGUCCGAUUCACCGUCCCUCGCAAGCGGGCUUCCCGUCCAAGUCAAGCCCCAGCGAGGUCGCCAGGCCCCGCAAGCCCAGGUGCCAGCCAUCGUCAUUCCACCAGCCCACACCUCCCCGCCACCGCUGUCAGCCACCUCCGCCAACACUGUCGCCACCGGCACCACCUUCACCACUACCAUAGCCAGCGGGAGCACUCGGAGCUCCCCAAGACAGUACAUCCCGCCGCGCCUGCAUUUCCUCCCCUCCUCCCUCUUUUCCCGUUCAGACGGUGGUAGCGGUAGCGGUGGUGGUACAAGUACCAGACCGGUCAUCAGCGGACCGCUCGCGUUGCCACAGGUCCACCACCACCACCAUCGUGAUCACCCGGGCCCGCAGGAGCUUUCUCCCGGGGCCAGCAGCGGCAGCAGCAGAGACGCCGUCGCCGCCCACGGCCAAGACCAAGAAGGGGAAGGAGAAGAAGAUGUGAGCCCCUGGCGGCGGACAUUCCGGAGGAGCCUAAGCCGUACACGCAUCCUCACGCUGCCGUCCACCAUUGGAGGAGGAGGAAAAGGAGGAUUAGAAAGGGCGGCUGGAAGCCGGAGAGAUGGGAGUACAAGUACAAAGGCGAAGAGAAAGAAGGAUAAGUAUAAGGAGUCGAAAAGGGGUUCUGGCGGAGGAGGAGGAGGUGCGGGGAAUAGGCACUACGCAGAGAUUGAGAUUGGGACGGGGAGCGACAUUUGGUAG